AUGCCACCGAGAGGAAAGAGAUCAAAGGUCGAGCAAGCAAGACACUAUCUAUCAGGCGGAGGAGUGCUUCGGGAAGAUUCUGAUGACGAGCUGGGAGUCGAUGACCUACCAUGGGAGUGGAUAUACAACGGCAAGGAGAUCACAGGCGCACGUACUGGACCCUUCGAAUGUCAGGUUGGCGAUGCAGUUCUGCUCAAAGCACCUGGAAGUGGUGAAGCAUGGGUAGCCAUCAUAUACGAGUUCUCCGAGGGGAAAGUCGAGGAUGACGACGGCGAUGUCACGAGCGAGAAGAAAGCCAGUAUGCUAUGGUUCUCGUCCGAGAAAGAGAUUAGGAGCAAGAAGAAGCGGAUAGACUUCUUGCCAAAUGAGUUAUAUCUCACAGCAAGUUUCGAUGAGAACCCGCUAUCCACGAUCAAUGGCAAAGGCUCGAUCCUCUCUUCUGAACAAUUCGAUCAGCGAUAUCCCACCGGCAAAGUACCGCGCACCUCGGAAGACUAUGGCAAGAUAUUCGUCUGUAGACGAGGAGCAAACACGAGGACUGCAACGUACACAGACGAAUUUGUAUGGGAAGAUAUAUACCGAGGACGCGAGGACUUGGACAACCUCGUGGAACUCGUGGAAACCCAGACAGUGAAGACAAGAAAGCGGAAAGCAUUGAAGAGCAUCAAAGAGCAAGAUCUUGAGGACUUCGUCAUUGGCAACGAAGAUGACGAAGAUCCACAAACACCACGCAAAAGGCGGAAAUUCGCUUCCGGCACACCUACACCAUCGAAAGCACGCACCCUUACACCACGCAAAUUCGCCACGCCGACCGGCCGGAAGAUAGUCACGAAGAAGGCAUUGGAAUUCACGCCGCUCGGAACAAGAUUGCUGCCCACCACCCAAACGCAAUCCUCUCCAUAUCAGCUCGCCCGGUCAACCCUCCACGUCUCAGCAGUUCCACACGCCCUGCCCUGCCGCGAAUCAGAAUUCGACACAGUCUACACCCACCUCGAAGCGGCCAUCACCGCCGGAACGGGUGCCUGUAUCUACAUUUCCGGCACACCAGGAACGGGCAAGACAGCAACGGUGCGCGAAGUGGUGGCGAGCCUCCAGGGCGCCGUGGCGGAAGAACAACUGGAUGAUUUCUACUUUGUCGAGAUCAAUGGCAUGAAAGUUACGGAUCCGCAUCAGUCGUACAGUCUGCUCUGGGAGGCACUGAAGGGUGAUCGGGUCAGCUCGGCACAUGCGUUGGAACUUCUGGAGCGGGAGUUCACCACACCGAGUCCUCGACGAGUACCGUGUGUUGUCUUAAUGGACGAGCUCGAUCAACUCGUCACGCGCAAUCAAGGCGUGAUGUACAAUUUCUUCAACUGGCCACAACUCCGACACUCUCGUCUCAUCGUCCUGGCGGUGGCAAAUACUAUGGACUUGCCUGAACGAACCCUCUCGAAUAAGAUCAGCUCAAGAUUAGGUUUGACGCGGAUUACGUUCCCAGGCUAUACGCACACGCAGCUUAUGACUAUCAUCCAGUCUCGACUCGAAGGCGUCGGGCAAGUGAUCGUGGAUCCGGAUGCUGUGCAAUUCGCCAGCAGGAAAGUCGCCGCGGUUUCUGGGGAUGCGAGACGAGCGUUGGAUAUUUGUCGUCGUGCUGUUGAGUUGGCUGAGCAGGAGACCUUGACGGCGGAAAGCCAAGGGAAGGAGAAUCAAGCCCCAGAUACCCCGAGCAAGACACCUGGACGGCAGAAACAGAGUGGCGGAUUAACACUGGCUCCCAAGCAAGGUAUCGUCACAAUCGCCACGAUCAAACGAGCUAUCAACGAAGCGACUUCGACGCCUUUGGCUGCAUACCUGCGAGCACUUCCGCUGGCUAGCAAACUCUUCCUCGCAGCUCUCCUCGCCCGCCUACGAAAGACGGGGAUAGUAGAGUCCACCCUCGCGGAUGUCGUAGACGAAGCGCGCUGUUUAGGCCUCACAUCUCAGAGUAAACACAUAGACAGCUACCUGUUGACCCCAGAACCGAUCUCUCACAUGGAGAAUGAACUCAGUACCACUGCUACAACCGGCACACCUCAGAAACGAGGUCGGCAAGCAGCGGUUCGGAAAGAACAGGAUAAACUUGCUCGACUGCUUGGGUUAGGCGUUGCGGCGCAGGAAUUGGCUGAGGCUGGUAUCGUGGGUGUUGAGGCUCGGCAUGGGGAUCGAGUCGGGAGGGUCAGAUUAGGUGUUAGCGAGGAGGAUGUAAGGGGUGCGUUGAGGGAGGAUGAGGAGUGUGCUGGGCUUGGGGUUGGUGGGUAG